UGUGGGGGCGGGGCCGCGGCGACGCUGGGCGUGUGGGCGCAGAUGGCGGCGGCGCACGGCGCCUGAGAGGGCCGGGGCUAUGAGCGCCGCCCGGCCCCAGUUCAGCAUUGAUGAUGCCUUCGAGCUGUCCCUGGAGGACGCGGGCCCUGGACCCGAGUCCAGCGGGGUCGCGCACUUUGGGCCGCUGCACUUCGAGCGUCGGGCGCGGUUCGAGGUGGCUGACGAGGACAAGCAGUCCCGGCUGCGCUACCAGAACCUGGAGAACGAUGAGGAUGGAGCCCAGGUCUCUCCGGAGCCAGAUGGGGGAGUCAGUACCAGGGAUUCCGGCCGAACUUCCAUCCGCAGCUCCCAGUGGUCCUUUAGCACCAUCAGCAGCGGCACCCAGCGCUCCUACAACACCUGCUGCAGCUGGACCCAACACCCUUUGAUCCAGAAGAACCGUCGAGUGGUGCUGGCCUCCUUCCUGCUCCUGCUGCUGGGGCUGGGGCCUGCUCAGUGCCUUGCUCUGGAAACAGAGCUUGGUGAGCUUCCUGGAGAAGGUCUCUGUCUAGGGCACCUUCAGCUCAGGUGGUGUAGGGCUGAGCCGGGCUGGGAGUGGGAGCCCCCGCCCUCACCACUGCUCCUGCCCCCACCCCCGCGGCUCCGUCUGUGUGCAGUGCUGAUCCUGGUCGGCGUGGGACUGGAGGCGACCCCCUCUCCAGGUGUAUCCAGCGCCAUCUUCUUCGUGCCGGGUUUCCUGUUGUUGGUGCCUGGAGUCUAUCACGUGAUCUUCAUAUACUGCGCUGUCAAGGGCCACCGGGGCUUCCAGUUCUUCUACCUGCCCUACUUCGAGAAGUGACCGCAGCGCAGCGUGGACUCCUUGCAUCCACGUGGGCGUCCCUCUGACCCGCGCUCUGUUCCGUUCCCCUCAUCUCAAGGGAAGAGGCCCUCCAGGGCCCUCGAAACCCCAGCCCCUAGGGAGUUUGCUCAGGAAGUUUGGGGAAUGCAGGCCUGGCCCUGGGAAAGCCGCCCCUCGCCUGCUCUGUGCCUUAACUUAUUCUCCGGCCGUGCGGCUGCUAGGUUGCUGUUAUUUUGUGCUAAUAAAAGAGUAGUUAAUUCCACCAGAGGCAA